AUGACCUCAGCAAAGUCUUCAUCACUUCAAUGCUUUAGGGGAGAUCUGGAUAGUGCCUCUUCUCUUCCAGCCGCUUCGUCAGAUUCACUCUCAGUAUUCUCUGCAGCAAUUCGCUCAAUAGUCCGUUUAGAAGUCCCCAAGAUUGUCGCAAGUUCUUCGUUUUUAAAAGAAACCUACGUCAAUGAUCCUCUUGACUAUGCUCUCUCCAUCAUUCCAUUUUCUUAG